AUGAGCUUCCUUUCGCGCGUGGCCACACUAUUUGGCUUGGUCCUGCUAGUCCACGCUGGCUACUCCGCCCACGAACACGCCGUCCUCUUCAGUAACGCCAAUAUCGCCGCUAUCGCCUCCCUACCGGGUGACAUUAUCGUCGAGACCCUGGCUGCGGUCCUAGCCGUCUCGAUUGGAUUGGUUCUCGGUGCAGAGAAGCUAAAGCCGAUCAGCUGGCGCGACUGGGCGGGCGAGAUCGAGCGGGAUGGUGGUGCGCGAAACCCAUACUUGGGAAUGGAGGAGCGAUAUGGAUUCUGGGAUAUUCGGGCUAAGCGGAAGGAGUUCGCGGAUUGGGUCCGGGGUCAGGAGGUGUUGACUAAGGAGUAA